AUGGAAAAUCUUCGGGUUGAAAUGACUCAUGCUGGUCGUGAAAAAAAUUUAGCUUUAGCAAAUGUUAUUAAGUAUGGAGCUGUUUCUCAUGAUGAAAAGGAAAUAACUGAAACAGAACAUCAAAUCACUGAAGAAAAUAAACAACAACAAGCUCGAUUAUCAAAUAAUAUUAUUGGACCAAAUAUUAUUCAUGAAAUAGUUAGUCGACGGACUGGUAUACCAACAUCAGAAUUAUCUCAGGCACAGCAUCAUCGUUUAUUAAAGUUAAAUGAAAAUUUACGUAAAAAAGUUGUUGGACAAGAUGAUGCUAUUGAUAGUAUUACUAAAGUUGUACUUAGACAUAAAGGUGAAUUUUCAAGACAAAAUCAGCCAAUUGGUUCUUUCUUAUUUUUGGGUACACAUGGUGUGGGUAAAACUGAAUUAGCAAAAACAUUAGCAUUAGAAUUAUUUGAUUCAACCGAAUCAAUUAUUUGCAUUGACAUGAGUAAAUACACAGAAUCUAAUUCAAUUGCUCGAUUAGUCAGCGUACCACCAAUUAAAAGUAGUUUUUCAAUUGCUCAAUUGAUUGAUGAAUCAUCAGAUAAAAAACAUGUUGGUUUUGAACAAGAUGGUGAAUUGACUGAAGCAAUUCGACGACAACCUUAUGCUGUUAUUCUAUUUAAUAAAAUUGAAAAAACUCAUCCACAAAUUUGGAAUACAUUAUUACAAGUUUUAGAUAAUGGUCGUCUUGAAGAUGGAAAAGGUCAAACAGUUGAUUUCACAAAUACCAUUUUUGUAUUAACAUCAAACAUUGGUGCACAAUAUAUCUUAGAAGAAGUUGAAAAUCAAUCAUCAUCAAUAAAAAUUUCAAAUGGAGAAUUAUCUCAAACAAUAAAAAAUCCUAUUAUGAAAGAAGUUCGUUUAUGUUUUCAAUCAGAAUUUUUCAACCGUUUGGAUGAUAUUGUAUUCUUUCAACCUCUUAAUAUUAAUCAACUUUCAUCUAUUGUUCAUCUUCAAUUAAAAUCACUUGAAUGUUUGAAAGAAAAAGAUAUUGAAAUUAAUUUAACAGAUAAAGCUAUUCAAUCAAUUCUCAAAAAAUCUUAUAAUCCAGUUUACGGUGUUGAUCCAUUAAAACGUUAUGUUGAAGAAUAUUUGAAAGAAGAACUAUCCAAAUUAUUAAUACAAACAAGAUUUGCAUCACCUAGUCUUGUUACAAUCGAUACUGACAUAAAUAAUCGAUACUUAUUUCGUAUUCAACAUUUACAACGAACAACUUCAAAUUCACCAAAAAAACUAGGAUAUGUUCGUCAUAGUACACAUGAAGAACCAAUGAUCAAUGUAGACGAUGAUGAUGAACAAGAGAAUCGAUUUAGUGCUUAUGAAGAUGGCAAUACAUCACCUCGACGUUUAUCAAAACAAAUGAAACAAUCACCAAGAAUGAGAAAAUGA